UUUGGAUAUUAACUCUUGCCAUCUUUAGUCUUACACGUUUCUGCUAUUUACCAUUUGAUCCUUUCCUUAACAUCAUGGUUGCAGUCUUGUUUCUAACUUGCUUGCCUUGAGUUCCUCGGUAUUCCCGAUCUACCUUGGUAGCCUUUUGGCCUGGUUUUGGGAAGCUCUUUUUAUAGAACACCUAGCUUUUGGCUUCUUCCGAAGUUCCCUGAGCACUUUUAAGGGACUCUAGGCUGUUGUUACCAAGAUGCUGCCACUGAACAUAUUCAUCACGUUUCUAGCCUCGGUUGCCCCUGUGCAGAGCACAUCCCUGGCCCCCCUUCGAAUAAACGCCGGGUGUGCCUUUCAUUUGGCAAUAGGGAGCGGCCAUAAUGAAUCUGUCGGCCAAUUGGCGGAUGGCCAGGUACGAGUUGGAAGCGACUUGGCGCCAUCUCUCUUUACUUGGUUUGGUGAUGCCUUCACUGAUCAUCAAGGGAGAGGCUGUUGGUGGACUCCUCCUACGUUGCUACUUCAAUGCGAUUCAAAUCAACAACUAGGCCAUGGGUUUGUCAUUGGGUGUUACGGCGGCGUGUCCUACAAACAUCAAUCUUUGUUCUACAAAUGUCAGACAGGCGACGGGGACGAGGUAAACUUAUAUCUAGAACCUAAUGGUGCCGACUGUUCUAGCAUUACGCUUCAUGCUGAUAGCUGCCGGCCUCCGUGUGCUAGUGCGAGCACUUCGUCGAGACCGUUUACCAGUACAACCGGCACAAGUAGGACACCUUUGACCUCUACUACAACUUCCUCUCAUGCCUCAACAAGCUACACAGCUCAAGUUUCUUCGCAUGAUGGAACUACUACGGUCUCAUUGUCGGAUUCGACGGGCACACCUACUACAGCCCCUGGCAACUGUAAAACACCCAUUUUUGAGCGCCCCGACGAGAUUGUUCUAGUCGACAAGAGCAAACCGGAUAUGAGUAAUGGAUCAAAUCCUAACAUGAUAGUUUUGCUGACCCCAAGCGUAUCCGCGAUCUUUGUUUUCGAUUUUGAUUCUUCAGACUCGAACAAGCAAUGCGCUCUCAUCUUCGAUUUGCCUUCUACCCAGGAGCAACAACCUCCCCUCUAUACGCUGAAUGGAACCGGACUGGUGAGUUUCGUGCUACUAGAGGAACCGCCAGUCGAUUCGAGAAACACGACGUAUAAUAACGCACCGCCUGUUGUAAUGCCGCUCGAGGCAGUAAACCUGGAACCAGGCAUGAGCGCCCAGCCGCUCACGUUUCCAUGUCCUGGAGAGAAUGGGCAUAUUGUUGUUGAGAUGCGCGAUAGGCCAGGCUCAGAUGUGUGCUUACACUAUCAGCAAAACAGACCUGAGGUACCAAUCGGGUUAUACCUUUUGAAAUGCUAAAGCGUAUGUCAGUGGGUAUCGGGGUCUUGCGGUAUGCUGGAAAGAAACUUGAGUGCUUUUAUAAAGUACUAAGGAAAAGAGGGACUAUGGAGAAGGGAGGAAUAAGACAAGGCUUGCUCUUGUAUGAUUUAUUCAAACCGUUUUAUAGGUGGUUUCUAUGCAUCGAAGUAUAGCGCUGCCCCUU